AAUUUGAUGUUUUUUUUGUUUGUUUUUUGUAGUUGUAUAUAGCAUAAAGUAUGGAUGUUCAAUAUACUUCUUCUGCAGAAACAUUAGAUGGUGCCAAUGGUGAUGAUGACGAUGAAAUUUUGUUUAAAGACAAUUCAGAUCAAGAAAUAAAAGCUUUUAAGUACAGAUGGUUCAUCUUAGCUUUGUAUAGUUUGACAGCAUUUUCAAAUACAUUGGUCUGGUUAAGUUUGUUCACAGUGACAGAUGCCACAUGUGCAUUUUAUGACAUAGACACUUACAUGUUACUUUGGUCAUCAAACGCUUUCACAUUUAUGCAGGUGAUCAUUGCAAUACCAGCCUCGUUUUUACCAUCGAAAUUAGGCUUGCGACCUACAAUGGUUUUAGCUGCUGCAAUAAAUGCAAUAGGUGCUUGUAUAAUGAUUGCUGGGACACACAGAAAUGGCUUUCUGUUUUUCAUUUGUGGCCAAACCAUUGUAGCUAUUGCUGCUAGUAUUUUACCUCAACUAGCACCAGAAGUCUCAGCAGUUUGGUUUCCUAAAAGUGAGCAUGCUAUCAGUACAAGUAUUGGAAUCAUCCUCGGAAAUGCAGGUGCUGCUGUUGGCUUCUUACAACCAGCUUUGUUAAUUAAAAACAUUGAUGUCAAAAGCAAUGUUGAUUAUGUAGGUGAGAAACUAAGACAACUUAUAUACUCCCAAGCUGCCUUGUGUGUUUUGCUGAUGUUUGCGAUAUUAGUUUUUUUCAAGGGAAGACCCAAGCAACCUCCUUCAAUGUCGCAAGCUAUCCGGCAUGGACCGGGUGGUAUGUCAUUUGCAGACUUCAAAAGCAAUUACAAAAAAUUGCUGAAAAAUGUCAAUUAUCACUUGUGUGGCAACUCAUUUGCACUAAACAGUGUUCUUUUAGUAAUCGUGCCUGUCAUAUUGAAUCAAAUAAUGUCCUCCACUUUUCCUAAUCAUGAUGCGACAGUUGGAUGGAUGGGCUUUGCAGGAAUUGUUGUUGGAAUUAUUGGGAGUGUACUCUUUGGUUUCGUCUUGGAUAGAACGCAAGCAUACAAAAAAUUGGCACUGAGUUUGUCUGGUGUAAGUUUAAUAUUUUGGAUUGGUUUCUCUGAAUCUCUUGCUGAAUGGAACAAUCUCCCUCUGACAUUUACGCUUUUUGUGGUUUGUUUAUUUGCUUUUAUUCCCUUUGGGCCAAUCUUGGUCGAUAUGAUGUCUGAAAUGACCUAUCCUGUUCCUGAAAGUAUGUCUUUUGUGGGACCAAUAACUGUAGGCCGAUUCUACAGUAUACCCACUGUGUUUCUUCUUGGUUGGCUUGUUGAAGAAAAGAAGUUUCAUACCUCCUGUUACGUGAUUGCUGCUUUUAUUGCGUUGUGUUUUGUUUUGGUUUUUCUAGCUAAGGUUAAACUAAAAAGAAAUGUGGCAGAAGAACCAGUACUGGAAAUGCCAUAUUGAUUGUAAACGGUUCAGAGUAUUUAAAAGGUGUAAAUAAUAAUAUGAACCUGGAAUUUUUUUUUUUUUUUUUUU